UCUAAUUCAAAUAUAAAGAUACCUCCAAAUGUGGUAUGUUUGCCACGAACCAACCAAAUAGAUGCAUUGUUGACCAUAAUUCGAGAUAAAAAUACCACUCGGGGAGAUUUCAUUUUCUAUUCCGAUAGAAUUAUUCGACUUAUUGUAGAAGAAGGACUAAAUCAUUUACCAGUUGUAGAAAACAAGAUCAAAACUCCAACAGGAAGUGAAUUUGAAGGAGCCGCAUUCAAAGGUAAAAUUUGUGGAGUGUCAAUCAUGAGAGCAGGCGAAGCAAUGGAACAAGGAUUACGUGAAUGUUGCAGAAGCGUAAGGAUUGGAAAGAUUUUGAUACAACGUGAUGAAGAAACUGCCAAACCUCAAUUACCACCUGAUAUCUCUAGUAGAUAUGUAUUAUUGUUAGAUCCAAUGCUUGGAUCAGCACUUAAAGCCAUAGAAGUUUUGUUGGAGUAUGGAGUUUUAGAGGAUAAAAUAUUAUUUUUAAAUUUACUUUGUUGUCCUGAAGGUAUUAAAGCAGUAACCGAGAAAUAUAAAAAACUUAAAAUAAUCACAUCUUUUAUUGAUCAAGGAUUGGAUGAGAAGAAAUAUAUUAUACCAGGAAUUGGUGAUUUUGAAAUAGAAAGAUGA